AUGAUCAAGGUUAAGUUAUGUCACAAAAAGAUUCUUCUCGUUCUUGAUGAUGUACAUGAUUUAGAUCAACUAAACAAAUUAGUUGGGGAGCAUGAUUGGUUUGGCCUAGGUAGUAGAGUUAUAAUUACAACAAGAGAUGCACAUCUGCUAAAACAUAAAGUAGAUGGAACAUAUGAGGCUGAAGGAUUGGAUUAUGAUGAAGCUUUUCAACUUUUUAAUUUGAAAGCUUUUAAACAAGAGCAUCCUAAUGAAGAUUUUCUAGAGCUAUCCCAAUCCUAUGUACGUUAUGCUAAUGGCCUUCCUUUAGCCAUUGAUAUUUUGGGUUCCUUUUUGUUAGGGAAAAGUAAAGAUGAAUGGAAAAGUGCAUUAGAUAGGCUUAAAGAAUUUCCUGAAAGAAAAAUCCUCAAUACACUUAAAAUAAGCUUCAAUGGACUAGCAAAACCAGAGAAGGAAAUUUUCUUGUAUAUUGCAUGUUUCUUUAAUCACACAGAUCAAGAUGCCAUCAUAGAAAUGUUAGAUUAUCUUGGGCUUUAUCCUAAAAUUAGAUUAAGUGUUCUUAAAGAUAAAUCUCUCAUCAAAUGGCAAGACAAUCAUUUGUGGAUGCAUGAUUUACUCCAAGAAAUGGGUCAAGAUAUAGUUCAUCAAGAAUCCCCUGAAGAUCCUGGGGAGCGUAGCAGAUUGUGGUUGUGUAAAGAUAUUGACAAUGUGCUAACAAAAAAUACGGUAAGAGGGGCAGACUGGAAUCUUGAAUCCUUUUCAAAGAUGCCUUGCUUGAAAUUUCUCAAAAUUGAUGGAGUUCAUCUAAUGCAUGAUCUCAAACAUCUUCCUGAGAGCUUAAGAUUUCUUGAAUGUAGUGAGUACCCUUUGAAAUCUUUGCCAUCAAAUUUCCCAUCAAGUAAGCUUGUUAAACUUUGCUUGAACUACAGCUACACUGAACAACUUUGGAAAGGGAAAAAGUCUUUUAAGAAGUUAAAAUACAUUCAAGUGAACUGGUCUGAAAAGCUUAUUGAAACCCCAGACUUCACCAAAGACCCAGUUCUUGAGAAAUUGGAUCUUGAAGGUUGUAUAAAUUUACGUAAGAUCCAUCCAUCUACCAGUGUUCUUAAAGAACUUACUCUUCUUAAUCUAAGAGGUUGCAUAAACCUUAGAAGACUUCCAAACAAGUUCGAAAUGAAGUCUCUUGAGAUUCUUAUUCUUUCUGGCUGCGUAAAAGUAAAACGAAUUCCAGAGUUUAGGGAAAACAUGGACCGUGUAUCAGAACUCUACUUGGAUAACACUAAUAUUACAAAAUUACCCACAUCAAUUGGGAAUUUGACUAGUCUUGCUUCAUUUGAGUAUAAGAGAUUGCAAAAAUCUUAUGUCCCUUCCUAG